CAUAUCUAGAGUUAAUAUUUUUGACAUUUUCCUCCAAUCAUUUUGUUAGUUAACUUUUACAAAUUAGGAAACUUUAAUAAAUUAUAUAAACUAUUUCCAAAAUGAAUAAUCAACACCCGGAAUCAAGUGGAGUCACCCCAAAGGAAGAGAGCCCUAACUCAGAUAGGAAACAGCAUUGGUCAUGGAAUCUUCGUGUGCUUAUUUCUAACUUGUACAUGAAGACUGAACGACGCCUGCCGGGAGCGAGUGUGCCGAGAUGUCUCCAAAACACGAGCCAAUGCGUCAGCAAGCAUCGAUGUGCUCCACUGCCCGAUUACCCCUGUUUUGAGAGUGCACAAGCUUUGAGGAACACCCUGCAUGGUCAGCACUAUGAUACAUUUUUGGAAAUUGUCGAGAUGAAAGUUCUGCAGGGUAUCUAUCCUGGCGAUGGGAUCAUGGAGCGCCUGGCGGAUAUGGCUAUGAUUUUGACAGCCAAAGGUAUUAGUGUUGCAAAGCUGAUCAGUCUUUAUGAAACACUUGUACGUGUAUUUUAUUUGCUUUUAAAUACUUUUCCACCCUGUUGGACGGGCUUGCGUCCCUAUUACCUUAACUUUUUGAAGAUACCAGUUCCUGAAAUAUGCACAAGGCAUUCCAAGCCGUUGCGAGGAAAACUACAAUUCUAUUUGGAUUUGGUUGAAAAUAUUAUACCCGAAUGCAGCGAUGAGGACAUCGGCAAAUUAAACAAAUUUUAUCAAAAUCAUGUGUACAACUUCACCGAAGAAGAGAAAUUAAAUUUGUCGCAAGAGACUGUCUUUCUACGCCAUGUCCAAUCAUAUAAUUGGAUGAACGAACUUUGCUUAGACGAUUUCAAUCAGUUGGACGCUCCAGUACGCCUGUCACGUGUUUUCGAUGUACUUAACAUGCUGACCCGAGUACUUGAAAUGGAGUUACUUUCCUGGCUAGAUCACAAUCGUUUUCAUCAAUCAAGUGUGGAGGUGUUUCUAGAAGGCACAGAACCUUUUGCCGUUUUAGUUUUCAAUCUGAAACCAAAAGAGUUCUUUACGGAUUCAGUUCGCCAGGUGAUGAGAUUGUUUAGCCUUGGGGCAGCCAAGUCCUUAGAUUGGGAGCGUUUAAACAUAUUACAACGCUUGAUAUCCCUCAUUAUGGAGGUCAGCAGCACUGCCGAGAUCAAGUAUGUGAACAAUGCUGUCAUCUACCCCAAUUUGGGGCCAUUUACCCAAAAGCUUAUAACUGACUUCUUUGCUGUAUUUAAAACACACAAUACCGAAAAGAUCCAGACUUAUAUAAAGAUAAUACCCCAACUGGAUCAACCAUAUCUACGCUUUGAGUUCGCCGAUCAUUUCCUAAAACUCUUCUUCUACACCAGAAAUCAACCGUUCGGACCUCAGAAAGUGUACAAAGAAUUCCAGUCCAAACAGUGGCUCAACUACAAACCCAAAACUGAGAUUGCUCAUGAUCAGGAUGGUGAAAUACAGCUUUCCCGCGAGGAUUAUCUCGAUAUUCUGUUGAUUGCUCUGAAGGCCUAUUGCCAAUGGUUAGACUUGGAUAAGUAUUGGAAUUACUUGAAGACGAAAGAAAUUAUUCAACCUCUGCAAACCACAAUCAGCGUUCCGUUUGGCAAGAUAAAGGAGGAACCCCAUACAUCACAAAGCAGCAGGAAGACCAAGAUGAUUACCAGCAGACCCAAAAUCAAUGUGCCAGUGGCUAAAAUUCACCUGAACUCCAUGUGCGAACGCUAUGGCUCUAGUAUUCUUUAUUUACGCCGCCUCAGAAGAUUGCUGAAAGAUAAGGUAGCCAAUUUAGUAGAUGUUACUGCCUGGCAAAUAUUUUUAGAUGAUUUUGUUGACCAUAAUAAUGAGUCAGGUCUAGAAACCUAACCUGUUCCAGAUCUGCUUUUUGACUGUAAACCAAGUUUAUAUGAAAAUUUAAAAUGAAUUUAUAAUAAACAACACUUAUUAUUCAAGUAAA